AUGUCUGUUAUGGUACUGCCAGAACUUUGGUCAAAAAGCAGCAAUUUUUCGUUGCUAGUAGCUAUUGCUCAUUUGAAAAAAUACAGUCAUCUACUAAACUGGAAGAAACAAGAAUCGAUUUUAGAAUUCGGAUUUGCCAACGGAUAUAAUUCCUGUCGAAGUUUAGUGCCUCUACUGCCGAAUGAUUAUAAAGAAUUUUUUGGCGGUUCAAUGUUUGUUACGUUCUUCGAACGAACUCCAAUCGGUGAUAUAGUCCUCAGAAUGACAAAGUACCCCAAAUGGAACAAAUAUGAUCACGAAGAGAUGAUCUCCACCUACUAUUACAGCCAAGAUCCACGAAAAGAAUACGAACGUGAUUUGGAAGCAGCUAACUUCGAAAAUUACGUUUUCAAUGUUGAAACUGAAUCUUAUGAAUAUUCUUCGGAGGAAGAAUUUGAUAGUAGAUUCAUUGAUCGCUGUAAAUGGAGUACUACCGAAAAUUCCUAA